UUAUCCUUUAAUCUGAACUGCUAUGUUACUUAAAGUAGCUGACUGUAGAUAAUUAAGCAUAUAUACCAUGAAAUUAAACUAUAAGCUAACGAGACUUACCUAAAAACGUUGAGUUUCUUACCACUGCCACUUCAUGGUAUUCGGAAACAGAGAGCCUGCCAACAUUUUGACCUCUCAAGGUCGUGUACACUAAAGUGAGGCGAUUUUAAAAAUAAGGUGUUUGAGUGCUCGACUAGUCACGGGUCUUGCCUUUAUCAUUAAGAAUUAUGUUUUUUGACCAGAUUAAAUCAUUUUCAAUCACUGGGCUUAAGAAUUUGAAUUAAGUGCAACAUGUUUCUUUUUUGUGGCGCCGUAAUAAAAAGGUUUAGGGCAACCUGACAAAACCCCACAAUUUCCCCUGAUCUGAGAUUUUUCGUCAAAAUCUCAACUUGCUUUGUGGAAAUCCCCAAAACUCGAAGAAAGUUUAUGGCUUUGUUUGAUGUUGGGGGAAUACCAUACAUUUUCGUCCGACUUCAAAGCAAACCCCAAAAGUCCUCAGAUUUUGAAGAUAGGGUUUUCGGCAUCCUUGUUUCUAUCAUGAAUUAACAUCGGCUAUACUGCAAACGUACUUAACAGCAAUAAAAAUGAGGAAGUAUCAUAUGGCAAGUCGUUGCUUUCUCCUUGCUCUCGUUCAACUAGGCAACGAUUUCGAGGUCGUUCGGCGUAAUAGUUCAUUUCUACCCUUGCGUUCAUUCAGUCUUCAUAGUGAAUCAUAACUCUUCGUUCUUAGUGUUAGUGUUUUCGAACCUUACUCGUGUCCAGCUUCUAGCUACUGUUAACAGCACUUUUUCUCACUGGUCUAGGAUUCCUCUACUUUUUUAUAACACUCAACUAUUUCAUCAGAAGUUGUCAUAUAUCCUCUUCAAACGCAAGUCUAGAUGCUUGUAAAAUGUUGCCACUUGGGACAAUUCUGUCAAAAAAUCAAUCAACUUCAGUCAGCCUAAUAUACAGUGAGAAUGUUAAAGUUUGAUGCUUGGACGCAAAUAAUUUGUUUUGGGAAUCUUAUGGUGCUGUUUCGUUUUGCUAGAUUGUGUGACUGAAAGUCGUGCGCUUGUUGCUAGUUGGAAAGUGUUCCUUUGAACUUGUGUUGAUAUUCCAUUUGAUUCAGCUGCGUGUAUUAAGUAUCCUGAUGGUUUGGAAAUUCGUCAGCAUAACAUCUACACAUUUAUUAUCACUGUUAAACCAGCCUUGUGUGCUUCCAUAGUUUAUACAUGGACUGUUUGUUUUGUUUCUUCCUGAUUACUCUCUUCAAUAUUAUUAUUAAUUGCCACAUCAUAUGUCCCAAGUUUUAACUGUUUUCUAUUUUGUAGUUGUUAUUUAAGAAAUCUCAAAUUUGAAUGACUAAUGAUGAAGGGUUGCAGCGUCAGCUGCUUCAAGAAUUGCAAAAACAACGAUUCCAACAGUUGGGUCAUCAGUUAACUUCAAUCUGUUGGGAUAAAUGUGUUACGAAAUUAAGUAAUUCACUUGACUCUAGAACUGAGAGUUGUAUAGUCAAUUGUGUAGAGCGUUACAUUGAUGUUUCCGGUGCACUUACUCGUCGUCAGAAUGAAACACGUUUAGGAUUUAUGGAUGUACAACCUAAUGAUUAAUUAAUAAAGAUAUAUCGAUUGCAAAUUUCUUUCUUCUCGAUUCAAACCUUUGAUUUUUUCCAAAAUAAUUCAUUGACCUGACUUAUAUUUCAGAUGAUUAAUUUCCCCUCAAUACGUCUGCUUAAAUGCACUGUUGGAUCUGCAUUUUGUUCAGUACCGUUUUCACGUUUAUUAUCAAAUACAACUACUUAUCCGGAGUAUGGAAUCACAAAUAUUCAAGAUGAUAGUGAUUUUGACAAACGUGUGUUAAAUAAUUCAGCACCCGUCAUUGUUGACUUUCAUGCUAAAUGGUGUGGACCUUGUAAAAUUUUAGGUCCAAGGUUGGAAAAUAUAAUGAAAUCGUAUAUGAAUUCUGUGCUACUCGCUAAAGUUGAUGUCGAUCAGUUAGAUACUGUUGCCGAAAAAUAUAAGAUUAAAGUUGUUCCAACUGUGAUUUCCAUCAAAAAUGGCAAAGAAAUUGAACGUUUUGAAGGAGCCAAAGAAGAGGAGUUCAUUAGACGAAUAUGGUUCUAGGCCGCUAAACAAAAACCACGAAAUGAAAUCACGCAUCCGCAUCAGAUCACGAGUAGUAACGCCGUGCUCAACUUUUCUCGCAACCGCUAGCCAGUUUAGAUCAAUCACUGCUUGAUGUAUUGAUAACCUAUGAAGUAUAAUUUUGAACCUCCUAGCUUCUGAAUUUCGAUCUCACUGGGUGGGCAUGAUUCAAUUCUAGAAGGUGUUGUCAAACUACAAAUACUUGUAGCAUCUUCAUCGUUUAACCGACGUGAUCUGGUACACCAACUCCUAAACCGUAAUUAUUAAUUGGUGCACACAGUAGAAUAUGACACAAUCGUUUAUAUCCUAUUUGUGUCUAUCAAACCAUCGUUCCUGCCUGGAGAAUUUGGUGAUCCCCUGCUAUUAGACACGGAAGCCCGUUAAACGAAAGCUUCUUCUGUUCCGUCCAAAACCAUUUGAACUAUUUGAACCGUUUGAAUUCUGGUUUGAAUGUGUUGUUAUUCAUCGAUCAUAAAGGUGUUACCAGUAAAGGCGUUGCCAAAAUAUGAAUAUUUGAAUAUGUGGUGAACCAAAAGUAUAUCAAUUCUAACUAUCUCCGCAAAUAUCACGCCCCACUGCAACAACGAAAAUUAAUUAAUAUCUGACACGCA